AUGGUUAGUGACAUGGAUAAAUCCAUCGAUAUCGCAGCAGGAAAGAUCUUCGACUGGCUGCUAGACAGGCGACAUUGCAGCGCAAAAUGGGAGAAGCGCGUCUUGCCAGCUCGGGAAGCAGCGAAAGAACUCGAAAACGAGUUCGCCGAUGACCCGAUCUACAAAGAACUGAUGAGUAGCUUUGGCUAUAAAAGGAGCAGGGACGAGCUAGACUUUGUCUUCUGCAGCGAGCUGCUUCGACGAAUGGAAGAAAAAGACGGCAGCGCCGGAUGGACCGGAAUCGGAGCCAGCAAUCGCGUCAAGAAAUGGAGCUCCGUCGUCUCUUCCUACCAGAAAGAAAACGCACAUUGGGCCGAGUGUGCGACCAGCCUGACGCGUCUCUUGCAGAAGGAGCUCGUCUCCAUCGAACGGAACUCCCAGAAGAUCUCACAGAAGCAAGACGAGUGUCUGAAACGAAACGACGCUCUAUUGAAAUCGGCAGCUUCUUGUCUUACUCGUUACAAAGAAGCAUGUAGCAAGCUAUCUGUCGACUCUGCGCAUCCGAUCAAGCCGCAAAUCCUUAAAGAGCUCCAUUCGAUGCCGGAAAAGCUCCUGUCAAUCAGCGAAAAGAUCGCUUCCUUGGCAGAAGUUCGCGAAUACUACCUCGACUUUGCUGCGAAAAGUUGCCAGCUAGAAAUAACGACGCCAUCUCUCGAUGCAUUGAAGUUGAUCGGUGAGAAACCGGCCGCCACGGUCUUCGAAUAUCAGGAAGGACGAGCGCCGUCAAAAAUCAUCAGAGACGUGAACAGCGAGGUCUAUCAAACGGACUUCGAUCUGGUGGAAGAAGUCGAAGUCGAGGACGUUGAGUUUGAAAUUGAGAUGAUUGAGGAGUUCGAAUUAGAAGAAGAGGACAUUGAGAUUGAAGAGGAAAGUAAUGGAGUUCUCGUCAAUCAAACUACAGGAACGCGAUUUUACAAAUGA